AUGUGAACGAGUGUGAGACUAUCGAGGGUGUCUGUGGCUCUGCAGUCUGCGAGAAUGUGGCCGGUUCAUUUUUCUGUCUUUGUCUGGAUGAAAACGAAGAGUUUGAACCAAGGACAGGACGGUGCAACCGACGAACUGUCCAGGGUCGGCCGAUGGGAGAGACCACGAGGGAGGAGAACGAGUGUUACUACAACCUAAAUGAUGUGCAGCUAUGUGAAAACAUUCUGGCACGGAAUGUCACGAGACAGGAAUGUUGCUGCACUGUGGGUGAGGGCUGGGGGAGAGAAUGUCGAAUCUACCAAUGUCCUGUCCCUGGCUCAGAUGAAUAUCAGUCUCUGUGUCCUCAAGGGCAAGGAUUCCUCUCCAUUCCACAGUCAUUGUUUGGAAGGAACUACAAAGAUGCUGAUGAAUGUUCAUUGUUUGGGUCUGAGGUCUGUAAGAAUGGCGUCUGUGUGAACACAGUUCCUGGUUAUUCCUGUUACUGUCCUACCGGCUAUUAUUAUCACUCCAUCCGGCUGGAGUGCAUUGAUAAUGAUGAGUGUGAGGAAGAGACAGCCUGUGAUAAUGGUGAAUGCGUGAACACAAUUGGAUCCUAUUACUGCUCAUGUCAACCUCCUCUCAUUCUCGAUGUGACACUUCGGCGGUGCAUCUCAAACAGCAGUGAGCAGUUUGAUGUGCACAUGGCUCUCUGUUGGCAGGAGGUGACUGUUAACCUGUUGUGUAAACGACCUUUCCUGGAGAGACAGACCACAUACACAGAAUGUUGUUGCCGCUACGGAGAAGCCUGGGGAAUGGACUGUGCCCUCUGCCCUGACAGGAACUCAGAGUAUCACAAUGAGUUGUGUAAUUACCUGAGUGUACCUCUGAGUGAAGAUGAGGGCUUUUCUCAAGGGCUGGAAUAUGAAAACUAUGAGCUGCCAAUCGGGCCUGAAUUCCCUCCAGAUUCCCUCAGUCGUUAUCGUCCACGAGAGUAUGUCCCCAUUCCACCCCAGAUUGGAGAUGGGAGCGAUUACAGACUUCCAAACCGCGAGCCGUUCCUGCCACGGGAAUCCCUACCUAGGCGCCCACCGUACGACUCCCGCCAGCUGCGCUCUGGGACGGCCUACAGGGGGCAGAGCUUAUCCAGCCGGCGUCGCUACCAGCCCCGAAGCAGGCAGCUGGGACAGGGCUACAACACCCGAAGCAUCCACACAGGUGUCACUGACUCAGAGUCUGCCCAGCCCUGGCAUCACUACCAGCCCCGGGAACCUGUCCGAGCUGCUCCAGAAUUCCAAUCUCCCAACCUCCCUCUCCUUGUCAGCAGCAAUGAGGAAUAUGACAAUCAGUUCCAGCGUUAUGAGGGUCUGCAAGCUGAGGAAUGUGGGAUCCUGACUGGCUGUGUGAACGGGAAAUGUAUCCGUGUCCCUGAAGGGUUCACCUGUCAUUGUGAUGAUGGUUAUCAACUCGACAUGACCAAAAUGGCGUGUGUCGGUAUGAGCUCCGGGGCCUGUGUCUGGUGGGGGAAUAUGGGCCCAACACGGGGUGGAGGAAUGAUGGGCACACUGUGAGCAUUAUAGUCCUGGAUACAGUAGGGAGAUUAUGGUCCCAGGGUACAGUGGGUGGGGAUAUGGGCCCCAGGUGCACUGGAGAGGAUAUGGACAUUGGGUAGGGUGGUUGUGGGCAGUAUAUAGGCACAGGUACCAUGGAAAGGAUAUGGUCCUGGGUAUACUGGGGGGGUUAUGGACACAGGGUACAGAAAGAAAUGUGAGAUUUAGCGAUUU